AUGAAUGACGAUCACUCGAAUACAGCCGCCGACGAGCUGGUGAGAGGCUACUUGCACUAUCGUGGAUUGACGCAAACAGUGUCCACCUUUGAACAAGAGCUCAAAACAGAGCAUCACUCAAAAGUUCAGGUCGAGAAAAUCGUCGAAGAGAUCCUUUCGGCGAUCGAAAAACACGAUAUCGACAGCUUGAAGAAAAUUUGGACGACAUUCAAUGAACGAGUCUUCAAUUCACUUUCUGGGGAGGAAAGCCGCUUGGCUCAGCAAUACGAGAACGAUGUCUAUCGGCUGUAUUUGGUGAAAUGUGUACAGAAAAAUGAUAAACAAAAAUGUGUCGAGUUUUUCACGAAAAUUGCCCCACUUGCCGUCAACAAUCCACAGUGGAACGAGUGGUUUACAAUUUCCUAUGUGCAAAAUGCGAAAGACCGAGAGCCAUUCAAGAAAUAUUUCGUCAAGCAAUGGCAAGAGAUUUUUCUCAUCUCGUUGCACAAUUUCUUGUCGAUCACAAUGCAAUCGGUUGAGAAGCCAUUAUUGUUACGAAUGAUCGAGGCGGCCAUGCAAGAAUCCUCUUCAUCACCGACGAGUGGCCGGAGUGGAUCGAUCGACGAGGAACUGAUUGAUGAUUUCGCCGUGAUAGCACAAUGUUCUGGCCCGAUGAAAGCAGCCUCUUCUAAACCAUCGCUGAAAAAUCUCUUCAAAAGUAUCACUGGAAAACGAAAUGAU